UAUUAAAAUUCUUGUACAGAUUUUUUUUUAAAGGAAGAAGAAAGUCACAGAGAUCGAACAUGAUUCUCCACUUUUUUGCCAUUUCGUUGCUCUUCUUUCCACUUUUCACUACUUUGUCUUCUUCCUCCUCCUUCUUACUUAACCCAUAAGCCACCAAUCCAAAACAGCUCAACACAAAAAACAAUGGCUUCUUCUUCUUCUCCUCCUCUCUUUUUCUUCCUUCUCUUCCUCUCCGUCGUCUCCGCCGUCAAAUUACCUCUCUCUCCUUUCUCCCACCACACAGACCAACAACCCAACGACCCUUACCUCUCUCUCCGCCGUCUCGCCGAUUCCUCCAUCGCCAGAGCACAAGAGCUCAAACAACCCACCUCCAUUAAACCCGACGAAGAUGCUCUCUCCGCUUCCUCCACAGCCUCCGCAUCCGCCGCCGUCGUCAAAUCCCCUCUUUCUCCUCGUAGCUACGGCGGAUACUCCGUCUCCCUCAGCUUCGGCACGCCGUCGCAGACCAUCCCUUUCGUCUUCGAUACCGGAAGCAGCCUCGUCUGGUUCCCUUGUACCUCGAGGUAUCUCUGCUCCGGUUGCAAUUUCUCCGGUUUGGAUCCGAAUCGGAUCCCUAGAUUUUUGCCCAAGAACUCUUCCUCGUCACGAAUCGUCGGGUGCCAGAAUCCGAAAUGCUCGCUUCUAUUCGGACCCAAUCUUAAAUGUCGAGGAUGUGACCCGAAUACCCGAAACUGCACCCUCGGUUGUCCACCGUACGUUAUCCAAUACGGAUCAGGAUCAACGGCUGGGAUUUUGAUAUCCGACAAACUUGUUUUCCCGGAUCUAACCGUACCCGAUUUCCUAGUCGGAUGCUCAAUUCUCUCGACCCGACAACCCGCUGGUAUCGCCGGGUUCGGGAGAGGACCCGAGUCUCUCCCUUCUCAGAUGAAUCUCAAGAGAUUCUCGCAUUGUUUGGUUUCCCGACGGUUCGACGACACGAACGUGACCACGGAUCUCGAUUUGGAUACCGGGUCGGGUCAUAAAACCGGGUUGAAAACUCCGGGUCUUAGCUAUACGCCGUUUCGAAACAACCCAAACGUCUCCAACGCCGCUUUUCUCGAGUACUACUACCUCAAUCUCCGGCGAAUCUUCGUCGGAAGCAAGCGCGUGAAGAUUCCGUACAAGUACCUCGCGCCGGGAACCGACGGAAACGGAGGAACAAUCGUCGAUUCCGGAACCACAUUAACUUUCAUGGAGCAACCUAUUUUCGAUCUCGUUGCCGAGGAAUUCGCGACGCAGAUGUCGAAUUACAGCCGAGAAAAAGACUUAGAGAAGACCACCGGAAUUGGGCCGUGCUUCAAUAUCUCCGGCAAGGGAUCGCUGACGGUGCCGGACUUAACCUUCGAGUUCAAAGGUGGAGCAAAAAUGAAAUUGCCGACGUCUAACUACUUCGCGUUUGUAAAAAGCAAUGAUAAUGUCUGUCUAACGGUGGUUUCCGCCGAUGCCGGAGGGAGUGGUCCGGCGAUUAUUCUCGGUAGUUUCCAGCAACAGAACUAUCACGUGGAAUACGAUUUGGAGAAUGACAGGUUUGGGUUCGCGCAGAAGAAGUGCAGCCCGUGAGUUUCCAGGGGUAUAUUUGACUUUUAAAAACGAUGAGGCCAAUUUUAUGGAUUUAAUUUCUUUUCCAAAUAAAAAAUGGUUGUUAAAAUGUUCAUAAUUAUUAUAGAAAAAAUAUAUAGAGAUAUAAUAGUGGUAAAAAUAAAAUUUCAAUUUAUCUGCAUUAAUUGGAUACUAAAA